CUGGAAGAGGAAGAUAAGUUAAAAAUGGCGAGCCAGACGGGAAAUAGUAAAGAUUACAAUAUAAGGCUUAUCAACACGCUCUACAGUCAAGUUCCAGCCUUCACCGACGUGUUUGAUGAGGAAACUUGGUACAUAUUCGUUGUUUGUUUCGUAGCGAGCACUUUUCUCGUAGCAUUUAUCCUCUCGAGGUUUAUAACUAUCAGACCUGUUGAAUAAGACGUAGCAACUUUUUCGAUGUCUCGCAUACAGCUCCAUCAAAUUACAUUUUUAUGCAGCACGCAUCGCCGCAUAGAUUUUUCUAUCCGCAUCGUAGCCGAACUUUUCAAUGCAAGAUUUUCACUUUCACGCAACUAAAGCGACGAAAUCCUGGCUGACAUCGUCGAAACGGACAUUUUGUAAACGUAACAUGUCGCAGAUUAUUCCGAUAAUAAGACGCCGUUAAAAAUGUACCAAUUUUGUAUUAAAUAUGUGGAAAUAAACCAGCA